AUAGCGGAGCCCAUCGUGGGUUCUUGAAUCGGGUCCAGCCCAGAGAUUGCUUCCUCGUUUUGCUCAGUACAAUCCAAAUUCCAAAGAAAAAAAAUCAUUAUUCAUUAUAUAUCUACAAAACAAAACUCAUCAUAUAUGGAAAAAAUUAAAAUAAAAUCAGAAUAUUUGACCCAAAAUGGAAAUAGCACGAUCAUUAUUGACUUGUUCGGGUUGUGAUGAAGAAGAACCCUACCUGCUCUAUUGCAUGCUCAGCAGUGGCAUAACUUCAUUGCACGUUUCCAACAAUGGAUGCCACUGAGGGCAAUGCGCGCAUACUCAAUUUGGUGCUUCUGCUUCCCCGUCAAAACGCACCUCCAUUCUCUAAUGUCUUUUGCGUUUUGAUUAUGGGACCGUUGAGGUUUCACCAGGAAUCCAGGCCUUCUGCUGAUGCAAAAGGUUGACAGUUGAUGAGAAAAUCAGCAUGAAUUCCAGGGGGGCUAAUGACAGUUGUUAGACUUAUCUGAUUGGGAUGAGUAAUUGAGGUAACAGUCAACUUUUGUUCUUCAAUUUUCCAUCAACAAUUAAUAAUUUGCAUAUUCAGAUGCCCAUUUCUGGAUUAAUAUACUAUAUUUCUUAGCACCCUAGUUCUAGUCAUAUAAGGUAACACUCGAUCAGAAGGAAAGGAAGCACCACUGCCAAAUAAACACUCUGUCCUAGGUUUAGAAAAUUAGAAAAAAAAAAGAAGAUAAAACAAGAUGCGCCGCUUCGAGUAAUCCUUUCCCCUCUUCCUUUCCUUCUUGUUCUUCACCUAGACUGGACUCUCCAUUUGAAUCUGAAAGUAGGAACCAAUGAGUUCUUCUUCGUCUAACCAAGUGGCCAAGGCUAAGAAAGUGAAGAAAGCUCUUCAGCCGGAGUGGCUUAAGUCUCUUCUGAAAAGGACUUUCUUUGAAUCUUCCUGUGCAACUCAUCCUGUGCUUAAGAAUGAGUUAAACCAAUACUGUGUAACCUGUACUGAGCUAAUUUGCCAAAAUUGUGCAUCUGGACCCAAACAUGUUCUUCAUAAGGUGAUCACAAUCUACAAGCAUAGUUACAAAGCUGUUGUUCGCAUUGAUGCUAUGAGAGAGCAUAUUGACUGCUCACAAAUUCAGCCUUACAAAUCCAAUAAGCUUUCCGUUAUUGCUCUGGAGCCUCUUCCGCACCAUGGUUCUGUAAAAUGGAGAAGGGCAUCAUCAUGCAAGACCUGUAGGAGAAAGUUGGCCAACCCCAAUUUAUAUCGUUACUGCUCCAUAUCUUGCAAGGUCCGAGCUGUUUUAAAGAAGUCUGAUCAUUCAGUUCCUCCCUUCAUUUUGCUUAAGGAGGAUCAAAAGGAGGAAGCUGGAACCAGCAAGCGGGUAAAUAAGAGAAAGGGAACCCCUGCCAGAGCUCCCUUCUUCUAAAGGCCUCCAGUUAUGUAAUAAUCAAGGAAGCUGCUCUAUUUCUUAUGUAAAGAGAUUCUUUAACAUCUGAAUUUUCGUCUUUGGUGGCUUCUACCUUUUGAUUAUCAUAUGACUAUGCAUGAGGUUACUUCAAACUUUAUGACAUUCUGGCUAAGUUGCUGUUUGUGGUUUUAUGACAUUCUACUUUUUAUGACAUUCUACCUUUUGCUCUUAA